GUAACCACAUGACUUCCCCGGUUCCGGAAAACACAGGAAGAAAACGAAGAAACGAUCAGGAAAGACAUUGCUUUUCUUUCUGAUUAUAUGUUUUAUCAAAACGAUGUCGAUGUCUACGUUUCAGAAGGUGACACUCGUCUCCUGUCUCGUUCUCUGUAUUUCCCUGCUCCUUCCCAAAAUGCUUUUAUCCAGGGGGAAGAAGGAAGCAGGACAGCAGGAGGCAGGGCCAGGUCGAUUCCCUCCCACAAUGCACCGCCAAAAGAUGUCGUUCCCCCAGUCUCACAACGCAGAGGCUGUGGCCAAGGCAAAGGGGGGCAGCGGAGGGGGAGGAGGGACGGGAGGGGGGAGAACCAGUUUCAUGGCACAGAUCAUACCAGUAUAUGGUUUUGGAAUCCUCUUAUACAUCCUAUACAUCCUCUUCAAGAUUACCUCCAAGGGCACAAAUACCAAACCUGAUCAGAGAUUCCCUGCUUUAAAUAACAGAAACAUGAAAACAAAAAUCACGAAUUAUGAACUCGCCCAGCUUCAGGAGAAACUGAAGGAGACAGAGGAGGUGAUGGAGACGAUCGUCUCUAAAGUGGAACACAAUCCUGACACGAUUAAAAGUGUCACUUCAGAGCACGAAGAAAAAUUACUCCGACAGCUAAAAGAAAUCACUCGGGCGAUGCAGGAGGUAAAACUGAUCGAGGGAAUCUCCCCCGAGAAGGAGGCUGAGGAAGGCCCAUACAUGGAGGAUUGGGAAGGUUAUCCUGAGGAAACCUUCCCUAUCUAUGACGAACCGGCCUGCUGCAGACAUAAGUACGACACAAUUGUGGUGGAUCGCUUUGACCUGGAUCAACCAACCGCCGAAGAGUUAGCUGAAAGAGUGGGAGAAAUAGAAACCAUGGCCCAGGAGGAAGAGACUGCAGGUCAGGAUAUUGAUGGGAAGAGAGAAAGUGGGAAACAAACCAGCUUCUGUGAACAAAGAGAUGUCUCCCAUUAUAAUGAAGAUGAAGAACAAGAGGAUUACAGCGAGUGUGAAGAGGAGGACCCAGUAGUGAUAGCCGAGAACACUGGCUUCACCUGCGAGAGCUUUAGUGAUGAGGAGGAGCUGUGCAGGGACCUCUCUGAUGCCGAGGACACUGUUGAGAAGAACCACAAAGAAAUCGAAACGGCAAGAGAGGAGCCGUUUGGAAUGAUCAGAAAGCGCAACAGGAAAGGAACGCAGUGAAUGGGGUUCGAACAGGAUAACCUAAAACGUAUAUCCAUAGUACAUGAGUCUUUCUUUUUCAGUCUCAAAAUAAUAGGCGUGCUAGCCAAGGUUUGAAAUUCCAUUUUCUUACCUUUCAUUAGCGCUAGAAAUAUAUUCUCACUGCCUCCUGCCGCCUUCUGUUGAAGAGCUUCUUGUGCUUUGCUUGUCUUUCAUAUGUAGACAUUUCAAGACAAUGAUAUGUUUCAGUUUAAUUGACUUAAAUGGUGUCCUAGGUAGGGUACGAGUAUGCAGCUGCUUAUCUAUGGCAUUAAAUCUCAGCAUGAGAGACACAAAGGAAAUGCAUGUAGCUUCAUACAGCUUCUUUUUUUCAUGCAACACUAAGCUUUUCUUUAGUUGAACUCACAGCGCAAUCCCACAUGAAGUAAGACAGAAAGAAUGCAGUCUUGAAACAAGAAAAAUGAUGUGUCUUUUUAACAUGUUGCUGCUCUCUUACAGCCUUCUCUUUAGUUUUAGUUACAGUGAUGCAGCCAUUUCCACCCUCCCCAUACUUCACACCUUUCCACUAUUAAAUACAAGUGAAGUGCCUACCCACUCCCUACCCCCCUAAAUUUGAUUGUGUUUCGACUAUAUAUUAACCAGUUUAACUGUACUAUAUAUAAAUGUACACUAAUUAUUUUGAAAAUGUCCUGUACCCUGUCUUACUUUUUUAAUCGAUUUAAAUCACUUUAGCUCUAAACACUGUCAUUCUUUAAAUAAUUAAAAUGAUUCCUGGUAAAUUUCCGUUAUUUUUAUUGUAAAUCUGAGUUUAUGUACUGUAUAACUAUUUAAUGUAUUUAUGUAUUUAUUUAUGUAAUUACUCUAUGUUGUCUUGGUCUUUUAGGAAAUAACACAAGGAUAUUUACAGUGUUAUUAAGUCAGUGUGGUUUUCAUAAUAAAUUGUGAAAGCUUAUCUUUCAGAACGUAGAUCACGUUCAGUAAUGUGUACGAGGACUUAAAAAUCUAUGUUAGAAAAGAUAAGGAAAUGCAAAUUGCAUGUUGCAGCACAAUCAUUUACAACUAAGAGUGAUUUAACACUAGAGUAAUUGUAUUCAUAUUCACAUUCAUAGUCCAUGUGGAAUGCAAUAUACUUUGUAUGUUUUCAGUGUAGCAGUGCCUAUGGAAUUGCCAGAUACAAAUGCUUACAAAUUCCGUCUCAUCGCUACACUCAAUAAAUUUGUUUUAGAAAACUGCAUUUUAUUGCAUGUGUU